CCUCUUUUGGCCGAUCUCUCUUCCGUUCCGUUCCGCUCUGCCGCAGCCAAUUGCUUCUGCUGUGUCCUUUUCCUCCCAGCGAGCACCUUACCUUACCUCUCUCUCCUCGUUGUUGUGUUGUUGAUUGAUCCUGGAAGCCGCAGCUCCACAAGCUCCCAAAAAGCAACAACCUUUACCUCGUUGUUCAUUGUAUCUUCCUUUCUUCCCUGCUUCUGGCUCCGCCGCCGCCGCAUCUCUUCUGAAGCUGAACCCGCGACAGCUAACCGCCAUUGUUUGCAGGGGAGACAGGAGCGAGCGAGAGAGAGAGAGAGAGAGAGAGAGAGAGAGCUCGCGACAAGGUUUUGCCCGCACCAUAUCGUCCUCUCCCCGCAAGCUCCAAAAGCCAGGUCCAGGGACUAAAUAGAGCAAAGGAAGCCUUUCAUCAUCGUCGUCAUACACUAAUCGAACGGGAGAAUCGGAGGGAGGGACAUACAUCACGUUUUUGUGCUCCUCCGAGUCCGUCCUUCUCCAAGAUCCCCCAUUUUCCUUCUCGUUUCCAACCUCCUCCUCCUUCCUGACCGACCGAUGGCGAUGGUGUGACGCCGCCGCCCGUCCCCGACACCGCUGCGACCUCAGCAUUUCCACACCGUCUCGGUCUGGGUCUGGUCUUCGUCUCCGCCUGCGCCUUCGUUUUGAUCCUUAAGCUGAGCUUCCCUUCCCCGAGCGCCACCUCCGCCCGUCCUACCAUGGCGCUGGCUUCAAUGUGAUACGCGGAGGUGCGGUCGGUCGGUCGUGACUCGUGAGGAAUAGGAAGAGGGUAGGAGAGGAGAAGAAGAGCCAGCGCCGGCGGGAGGGGAGAUGGCGGGCGGCGAGGGGGAGAUGCGGUCGCUGGCGCUCACGCCCACGUGGUCCGUCGCCACCGUGCUCACCCUCCUCGUCGCGGGCUCGCUCCUCAUCGAGCGCUCCAUCCACCGCCUCAGCAAUUGGCUGAAGAAAACUCAUCGGAAUCCACUUUACAAAGCAAUGGAGAAGAUGAAAGAAGAAAUGAUGCUGCUUGGGUUCAUAUCUCUGCUUCUGGCUGCGACGUCAAGAAUCAUCUCGGGGAUCUGCAUCGACUCCAAGUACUACAACAGCAGAUUCUCCCCGUGCACCAAAGAAGAGGUCCAAGAAUCGAUAAAUGCAGAGCAUGCCAUUGCUCACGCGCGCAAGCAUCUACUGGAGGUCAUCCUGCACCAUUCACCGAGGAGAAAUCUGAAAACUAGUUACCAUAACCAUGAAGGCUGCCGUGAGGGAUAUGAGUCAUUUGUUUCGCAUGAAGGUUUGGAGCAGCUGCACCGGUUUAUAUUUGUAAUGGCUGUGACUCAUGUGACUUAUAGCUGCCUGACGAUGUUACUAGCAAUACUCAAGAUCCAUAAAUGGAGAAAAUGGGAGGAUGAAGCAUUCAGGGAUAAUCAUGAAUCAUUUUCUCAGAUCGCAUAUGAGUCAGCAACUAGAAGGCAACCAGCACUUACCAAAUCCUAUUCAUUCCGCUCUUGGAGCCAAAAUAAUGUGGUCAUGUGGCUUGUUUGCUUUAUUGCGCAAUUUGGUCAGUCUGUUGUUCGAGCAGACUAUCUUAUCCUCCGCAAGGGUUUUAUAAUGACCCACAAUCUUCCGCCAACAUAUGAUUUCCACAAUUACAUGAUACGCUCAAUGGAAGAGGAGUUUGAGAAGAUUGUCGGAGUGAGUGGACUGUUGUGGGGCUUCGUUGUUGCUUUUAUGUUAUUUAAUGUAGACGGAUCCAACCUGUACUUUUGGAUAGCAAUUCUUCCUGUAACUCUUGUUCUUCUGGUGGGUGCAAAGCUGCAGCAUGUGAUUGCGACUCUAACAGCAGAGGGCGCAAAGAUGAGCACCUACGGGCCAAGGAUACAGCCAAGGGAUGAUCUCUUUUGGUUCAAGAAACCAGAGUUUCUCCUUUGGUUGAUACACUUCGUUCUCUUUCAGAAUGCCUUCGAGUUGGCUUCGUUCUUCUGGUUCUGGUGGCAAUUUGGUUAUGAUUCAUGCUUCAUCAAAAACCACCUUUUGGUAUAUUGCCGCCUUAUACUGGGGUUUGCUGGACAGUUCCUGUGCAGUUACAGUACAUUACCUGUAUAUGCGCUGGUCACUCAGAUGGGGUCCAAGUACAAGGCUGCGCUGAUCCCGCGGAGGAUCAGGGAGACCAUACAUGGGUGGGGAAAAGCGACGAGGAAGAAGCGCCGGCGCCGCCGCGGCGACGACUCGACGGUCCGCACGGAGACGAGCACGGUGUGCUCGCUCACGGACGACGACGAAGACUUCGAAGACGACGACGACCACCACCACCACGGACCGUCGUACGAUACCCCGAGAGCCGGGGGCCGCCCGCCGUACCUGAAGAUCGAGACGCAUCGUCAGUCGGGCAGCGGGCACGACGGCCCCAGGCCCGGCGGCACCCCGUGCUUCCACCCCAGCGGCAGCGGCAGCGGGCACGCCAUGCUCCUGCGGCAGGCCUCCGUCUCCGCGCCGUCGUCGCCGUCGUACCGCGGAGGCAAUAACGUGACAAGGUCGGCGUCCAUGCCCGGGAUCGCCGCGCUGAGGACAACGGGCUCCGGCACGCCGACGCGCGUGAGCCAUGAGGAGCCUACUUGAUGCGCGCCCGUGCAUGCCAUGGAUGGCUUGCUAGUGCAGACGUACUGAGGACUGAGCUGCUAGUGUAGCACCGGAUUUGAAGGUAUAUCGAUAUAUAUAUACACACGAAAAGAUUUGGGGUGAC